ACACAACCUCCUCCUCCUGCAACCAUCCUCCUUCAUAUUUGCCUCCUUUCCUCUUUUCUCGUUAUUUUCGCCUUUUCUUGCUAGCGGCACAGAGGCCACUUCUUUUCCCAUUAAAAUAACAGCAGGUCGUGUUGGUCAUUUGUCCCUCCUCAUUCUCCUGGUUGCUCACACAUAGUUACCGUUCUGGUCCGAUCUCAACUUGUGGGUAGCAGCUCCUGUUAAGGAUUGCCUGCCGCCAUCGGUCACCGCAGUCCCCCAUGUUACGAUACUUGGGAGCCGCGCUGCUCUUCACCUCCCCGAUCGCUACCCAUCUCGCGCAGGCGCACAAUACUUCGGUGACGCCCGAUAAGGAUCUACUCCAAUCUCAACAUCUCUGGAGCUUGGAUAACCGGCCAGCCGAAUGUCCACCGUGGUAUGUCCUACCCCACUCAGGAAUGCGUGAAACCCCCACGCUCCCAUCCUGACACAAGCUUCACAAAGAAUACCCUGGGGGCGAUCAUUUUAACCCCAAUUUUUAUGAUAAUACUGACUCUGCUAUCUCUAGCUUUAACUGCUUGCUUCCUGCCUUUAGCUGCAAGCAGUUUGCCGAGUGUAGCUCUCACGACGGAAAGUGCGAGUGCCUCCCGGGCUUCGCGGGGGAUAACUGUUUACAACCGCGUAAGAACACACCGCUAUAUUCCCCGGGUAUCACGGAAUUCGGCUAACAUUGGGUUCCAUUCUAGUUUGCGGCUCCCUUGCUGGUGACCAUCACCGCCCGCUGAAGGGUGAUGGUCCGUGUGAGUGCGACGAAGGAUGGAGCGGAAUCAAUUGCAACGGUUCGUGUUGGGGUGUUUUUUUGAAGUAGAUUGAAAUGGGUGGGUUGCUGAUGGAAACACAUUAGUUUGUCAAACCGAUGGUGCAUGCGACGCUCUUAUGCCUCAGGGUGCCGACGGUGUGUGCUACAAGCAGGGCAUUGCCGUCAAGCAGAAUUUCCAGAUGUGUGAUGUUAGGAGUAAGUCUUCAAUGAUGGGUGUUAGACAUCACGAUUUUAACCUAGACUAUCCUUAGAUCGGAAAAUUCUCGAGAUGUUGAAGAGAAAUCCUCAAGUCACCUUUUCUUGCGAUAAGAUGUUCGCGAAGUGUACCUUUCAAUGUGAGUUACUUCUAUGAAGAAUUCUCGAAGCUCCUACCCGGGGCUAACAUCUUCCCUAGUUUGGGUUGAUCAGGUAGAGUCAUUCUAUUGCGCUCUUGAUGAGUGUAAUUGGGAGCUGCAGGCAUCGCCCGAUAGAAACGUUACAGACUACGAAUGCAAGAAUGUCAAGUGCGAGUGUAUUCCUGGACGAACCCUGUGUGGUGAGGGUGGUACAAUUGAUCUCAGCGAAUUCUUGAGUGAGGGAAUAACUGGGCCAGCGACCUUCUCCUGCGAUUCUUCAAAACCAGAUGAUCAAUGCUUGUUCUCGGAAAAGGCUAUGAACGAAGUCAUCUCCUCAAUUUUUGGGGACGAAAACAUUCUGCUGAACUGCGACACUGGAGAAUGUUUGCAUCGAUCAGAGGUCCCUGGAUACACGAGACCGAUUAAGACUAUUAACAAACCUCUUAUUGCCGGUGUUAUUUCUGGAGUUGCUCUCUUUAUUGUGAUAGUGAUUAUGGGUUUAUGGUACUUGAGCCGGCGCGCAGGACAACACAACGGAUUAGGACCUAUCCAUCUACCAGAUGAUGACGAUGAGAGUACAAGACUUAUGAUAGAGCACAGGCCAGCGGCACUGCACUUUGAUAAGCUUUCCUAUUCGCUUAACGGGAAACAAAUUCUGAAGGAUGUUGCUGGUGCAGUCAAUUCGGGCCAGGUUAUGGCUAUUAUGGGCCCUUCUGGAGCCGGGAAAACAACAUUUUUAGAUAUUUUGGCUCGCAAGAACAAGCGUGGUGUUAUUGGCGGCGACAUAUAUGUCAAUGGCACUCUUGUCUCGGAUGAGGAAUACAGGGAAGUCAUUGGAUUUGUUGAUCAGGAAGAUACCAUGAUGCCGACACUCACCGUUUACGAAACCAUUCUCAACUCAGCACUUCUCCGGCUUCCUAGGGAAAUGAACUAUCAGGCAAAGGAUAGGCGUGUUAUGGAAGUCAUGGGGCAAUUGGGCAUCUUGGGAAUCAAGGACCAAAUAAUCGGCACCUCCGAGGACAACGGUCUUCGUGGCAUCUCUGGCGGUGAAAAGCGGAGGGUAGGAAUUGCCUGUGAACUCGUCACCAGCCCGAGUGUUCUGUUCUUGGAUGAACCUACCAGUGGCCUUGACAGUUUCAAUGCAUAUAACGUUAUCGAAUGCCUGGUUAAUCUAGCAAGGACUUACACGCGUACUGUGGUCUUUACGAUUCACCAACCGAAAAGCAAUAUUGUUGCGCUUUUUGACCACCUGGUUCUCCUGGCAAAGGGUCGAUGUGUCUAUUCCGGCCCGUUCGAUAAGUGUCAGAGGUUAGCCCCGGUUACGAUGGUGCAUAAUAUCCGGUUAGGUGUAAUAGCUAACUUGGAUUUUUCUAGAUAUUUUGAUAAACUUGGCUACCCAUGCCCACAAGGCUUCAAUAUUGCUGAUUAUCUGGUUGACUUGACGAUGCACGCUGAACAGAGGCGAUCUGCACCCCGUGAAGAACCCUUGAUCGAGACGAGUGAGGUGCUUGUUCCCGUGAGAGCUAGGCCAUCACCGAGCAUCACGAGUGAGAGUGCCAGCGCCGACGGCAGCCCAAGGAAGAAGCUUCGCAAAAGGGGUGAUUCGAUUCGAGCUUUACAAGAAAGGCAACUUUUCACACGAAGACGUUCUGAAUUGCCAUCUGCUGCUGGGGAAGAGGUUAUGAUGUCAGAUUCUUUGGAUAAUACACGCGCAUGGAGGGACUCUAGUGAGCCACGACAAAGGCUCGAAGAGACUGAGCAUCUCCUCCCACCUGCUGCCCAGAAUGGGGCUGAUGCUACCGAUCUAGACGUCUUGAUUGCAGCCUAUAAAGAUUCAGACGUGGCAGCUGGUGUGAAGGACGAAGUUGAAAAUGCCACACGCGCUGUUCCCAAUGGCGCUGCGGAUGGCAAUGCCAACAGUAACGCGAGCGAUUACGGGAUCUCUGGAGCAAUGAAAGGUUUCAAGAGAGUUGGGUGGAUUGGACAAUUUACUAUUCUGAGCCGAAGGACUUGGAAGAACUUGUACCGAAACCCACUUUUAAUGCUUGCUCACUAUGCGAUCUCUAUACUUCUUGGAGGUUUGUGAGAGGUUUCUUUUGACCACAGUCGGAUGUCUUGCUAAUUCCUUUCUUUUAGUUCUCUGCGGAUACCUAUUCUUUGGUGUUAGGGAUGAUAUCUCUGGAUUCCAGAACCGCAUGGGACUAAUUUUCUUCGUCUUGGCACUUUUCGGAUUUAGCACACUUACGAGCUUGAACGUAUUUGCUGCAGAGAGAACCUUAUUCUUGAGAGAACGUGCCAACAGAUACUAUGCUCCAGUCACAUAUUUUGCUGCUAAAGUCAUAUUUGAUAUUGUUCCUUUGAGAAUCAUCCCACCAAUCAUCAUGGGGGCAAUACUCUAUCCGAUGGUUGGUUUUGUUGCUGAAUGGCCUGAGUUCCUUAAGUUCAUGCUAGUCCUCAUCUUGUUCAACUUGGCCGCAUCUGCCAUCUGCCUUUUCAUCGGAAUCGUAUUUAAGGACAUCUCCUUGGCGAACCUUGUCGGCAGUUUGGUCAUGCUGUUCUCCCUCCUAUUUGCCGGGUUGCUCUUGAACCACGACAGUAUUCCAAAGGGGGCACUCUGGCUACAAGCUGUCAGCAUCUUCCACUACGGCUUCGAAGCGUUGAUCGUGAACGAAGUCAGAUAUCUAAGCCUCUACGAACACAAGUAAGUGACCCCACCUCCCCAAGAGGGCGGUUCCCUGACAAGUUGAAACAGAUUUGGCCUGGACAUUGAAGUCCCCGGAGCAACUAUCUUGAGCACGUUCGGCUUCAAUAGUUUGGCAUAUUGGAAAGACGUCAUCAACCUUGGCAUAUUUGCAGGAAGUUUUAUAAUACUAGCGUAUGCAGCCAUGCAUAUGCUGCUCGUUGAGAAACGAUAAUGUGUCUGUCACUUUAUCAUACCCUCUGUGUUCCAGAUAGACAGACGGGCAUAUAAUAUAAUAUAAAGGAAGUGAUGGAACUGAUCGCAUGGAAUGGCGCAAGUUACACAAUGGGUGGAUGGGUGCAAGACAGCGAAUUGAAGGAUUUGCCUUGAGAAUCACAGCAGCAAGAAUAGAUGUCUACACAUACAGUACUCUAGAUAAUAGGGACAGACGCGGACAACUACUGGAAUUGGUGAUUUACGGGGGUUUACUUUGCUUUGUGGGGGAUAUUUUCUCGAGUGUAUAUAGGAGUUGGGAUGGAAUUGUGCUGCUUUUCUUUUCUAUUCUUUUCUUUAAUUUUUGUAUUUUUAUUAUUAUUCACUUCUAGUUAUGUGAUUUUAAUUCACCACCACCCAUAUACACAAUCCGGUAGCCUGCUCUACAUUUCUCGGGAAUAUAGGCAACCUUGCAAUAUGUUACUUGUGCCGCGCCGCUCUGGGCCUUUCUUUUUAUAGUGGUGAGGUGGGAUUGCGCACUCUAUCACUCUUCCAAUACGCGAAACAGCGCAUGGCUUUCGGCUGCCAUUCCGUGAUGGGAAACAGUCUGCUUCUCGGUUUCUGUGCUUCCUUCCUUCCUUUCCUUCCUUCCCUUCCCACUUUCCGGCUCGCGUGCAUAGCAUGGACCAUAAUACGGAUGCUGCACCGUACCGUAGAACCAUUUCCUACGUGUCCGGAAAUCAUGAUAUUAACUUUUGGUAAUUCUGCCCUGGCUUAUUGCUGAUCUGGAAGAGGUGGGAGAUUAUUUCUCGUUUUCGUUUACCGGUAUCCCAUGAAUAUAUUCAUACGUAUAAAUUUGUAAUUUAAUGGUACUUGUACAGACAUGUACAGUACCAUAGUCCAGUACC